AUGCCUGAAAAAAGAGUGAUACAACAAGAGCCUCUCAGCAGGGGGCACAUGAAUCCUGUUGCCAUAAAUACAUUCAAUAUAAAUUUCAUGAAAGCUACAUUCACCCUCACUAAUACAAUCCCACAAUAUGUUGCAUCUAACAGCGGACCUUGGCAGAUUUUUGAGACAAAAAUCUGCUGCUACGCAGCAGAUGUGUGUGGAAGUCGAGCCUGCCAUGGGACUUUUUUCUUACUAACUGGACCCUCGGAAUUUAGCCCUGGAAAUUAUCUUGAAGAAAAUGGAGAAUUGUUUCAUUCAAAAGUGAUCCUCGGCGGCAUAAAUCUUAACACCUCCCCAUUUAAAUGUGUACUUCACCAUUUUAAUGUGUACUUGAAAUUUUAGGUAUCUUAGUUCCUGAAUGAACCAAUCAGAUCUCAAAUACAUUUUUAAUUAGUUCUUUGGGAUAUAAGUUACUGUGUCCACCAAUCAGAUUUGGUUUGUAAUGUGAAACUUACUCUUCAGCAACUUAGUUCCUCAACAAACCAAUGACAUGGAAGAAUAUAGGUCAGGUCAUUUCUAAAUUAAGGUUUGCCUGUUUUAUUUCUGUCAACAACAAAUAAGACAGACAACAAUAGAUGGGGCAUUUCUGCAUCUUAAAUUGGAUGCUAUCUGUAGUAAAUCAUUCUUCUUCGAGGCUGUAUUAUUUCAUUAGCGCCAGAGGCGUAGAAGCUUUUUGUAAAGCUUUGUCGCCGUUGUAAUUUUGCAGCAAAAAAUCAGUUACAUUCAGUGUAUUUCACCUUAGAAAUAUAUCGAAUACUCUGUAGUUAACACAGCAAUGGAAACGCACCCGAUUGCUUACAAUUCUACAGAAAUCGUUGACAGAAAUUGCCACCACGGUUUUGCCGCGCUCUUCAUCAGCGCCCGAAUACUAAAAGAGCGAUCAAAUGACCGUUUUCCUUUGUAAAGACUGUGAAUUCAUUUCCGGUGAACGUGCAAAUAAUCGUGUCCGCGUAAUGAAAAAAAUAAAAAAAAAUCGCAACCUUUUUAUGCUCGUAAACGUUCUUAAAAGCAAGAAGAUUUGACAAGCUUUCGCGAAUGUGAUAAUGACAUUACAGUAAUCGUGACACCGUAACGCUUAUUAGAAGGCAAGCAAGGACUUGACGUGUGAACGCACGAUAAAUUUAUCAUCCUACUUUUCCGCCCUGUUUUGUUACAGGCAACGAUCGCGUUACAAUUUUUAUUUUUUCACAGGGUGUAUGCUAAGCUGUAGCAAAUCAUGCUACUGAAAUUUAACCCAACUAAUUACUACUGUAUUUACGAGGAGAAUUGAUCAAAUCUGUUUAACAAAUUCCAUAAACAAAUGCUAUCAUAAUAAAAAUUAUGUUACGUGUAAUAACAAUCCAAUGAAAGUAACUUACCGCACUUGAACGUCUUUUAAGUCGUGAAAUUUGCCAUUCUCCAUUCAGUUUCCAUGCUGAGAAAUUCAACUUUUCCAAAUUCUAAAAAGAAAUUACAUUGUUACGAAUGUAGUUUUCGCUUCCAUCUCGCAUACGAUGUCUUAACUCGGAAUUCACUCAUUUCGCGCCAUAGUGUAAUUUUGGCGGGGAAUAGACAAAUAACUGCAGUUUGUCUCUGUGUUGUGUAAAAAUUCAUUCCCAAUAGAUUUAGCCCUGUUUUGAAAUACUUAGAACGCAUUCAACGUUCAAGCAAGCCAUCUAAUGAAAUUGAUUUAACAGAAGAGAACAUGGCUCGCUAGACAAUGCACUAGAGUACGAUCUUGGAGGAGUUAUCGAUCGAACGCGAUUUAUUUCACGGUAAUUCCUAUUGUGACCACAGCUGUAUUGUUUCCCUAAACCGCCAGCUGAUUGGCCAAACCAGUAGCUAAUUUCGUGGCUACGCGAGCCAGAAACUACCACGAAGAAUAUUGAUCAGCCAAACACCAUGAAGUUUAUUUCAACAUAGUAUUACACGAGCCUAGUACAGCACCUUUUGUCAUGCAACAGGAUAUCCGUAGUUAAUCGAGCCCACCGUGCCUUCUUGAGUUUUUAAUUUUAGAUUAGUGCAAUGAAAGCGUAUUCCUUUCUUGAGUAGUAAGCUUUUUAAAAACUUCUAGGAAAAUGAGACCUAUUAAAUCGAGAACUCGUUGUAGUAUAAUUCAAGUUGUUGCUAAUGUUUAGCUGGCAACUUUCUGUUGAUUCGCAUUUCGUUCAUCCUUGAAAAUGUCAUCUACUUCUUAGCGCCUAAAUAAUACAACACUCAGUUGUCCUCUUUCGCAAUGCUUUUCAUACCUUUCGUGUCUGCAUGUAGUCGCUGAUACAAUGCGUACUAGGCUCAGCGAAAUGUCAACAUUUUCAAGAUAUCUUAACAACCGUCUAAAGAAUCCUUGUUACUGUUUAUGUUAUCAGUAUGAAACUUUGCUUCCGAGUCGCUGAUCGUCUUCGAACAGCUUGAAGCUUACAGCGUUUGAGUCGGUGACUCGUUAUAUUAUAACUUAUGUCACAUUAUACUCGAUCGUCCUCUU